CUGUAACUUGACGCUUCUUCUUGAGCUACCACCCUCACCCUCACUCACAUGGCCCAUGGAAAUUUCCAUCCUGUUUAAUGCUCAGGGCCUCUGAAUUUUGUUUUCAGACGUCCGCCUCUCCCUCAGCGCGCCACAGCUGCAGCCCCGCAUCUCUUCAUAUAAGGCUUUUCUUUUAUUUAGUAUCAACAUCCAGUCACGGUUGAAGUAGAACCUCCUGGUGUCACGUCUUUGUAACGAAUAAACGCCGAACAAUCGAAGAAACGAAGCAUCCUCACCUAUCAUCUCUCUGCCUCCGCCAUAAUGCCAGGAGUUAGGGAACUCAUGGAGCUGAGGAGGGUCCCCACAGAGGCAGAUGAUGAUAGCACCGCCAGCUUGGACGAUUUCAGAGGUCCUAUGGAUGUGGAAAAGUCCACCAUAGCCAGCAGUCAGUAUAUGGACGAUAACGAGGACGGAGAAGAAGACAGGUUUCUGUCCAAUGGGCUGAUGAAGAAAAGGAAAUAUGAGGAAGAGGAAUAUCAUCCUGGCCACGCUUCAUUCGGCAUGUCUGUUUUCAACCUAAGCAACGCCAUCAUGGGCAGCGGCAUCCUGGGUCUCUCCUACGCCAUGGCCAACACUGGCAUAGUUCUCUUUACAAUCCUCCUCAUUGCUGUGGCAAUCCUCUCCUUAUACUCUGUGCAUCUCCUCCUCAUGACCGCUAAAGAAGGAGGGUCUCUGGUCUAUGAAACACUUGGACAGAAAGCCUUCGGUUGGCCUGGGAAAAUGGCUGCCUUCGGAUCAAUAAUCAUGCAGAACAUUGGAGCCAUGUCCAGCUACCUCUUUAUUGUGAAGUACGAGCUGCCGGAAGUGAUCCGAGCCUUCUUACGGUUAGAGGAAAACUCAGGGGAAUGGUACCUAAACGGCAACUACCUGGUGGUGUUCGUGUCCAUUGGGAUUAUUCUGCCCUUGUCCCUCCUCAAAAAUCUUGGUUAUCUUGGCUACACCAGUGGUUUUUCUCUUUCUUGUAUGGUCUUCUUUCUUGCUGUGCUUAUCUACAAGAAGACCCAGCUACCGUGCCCUCUUCCUUUCUUUUACGCACAUUCAUCCAACCUCAGUAUGAACACCUCGGACAUGUCGGGUCUAUAUGCGAUACGGCACAACACAUCGCUGAUGGACUUCUCUCGGGCCGACAUAACUCCGGCGGUCAGCAGCAGCCAGGACGCUCAUCACACCACGGGGGUCCACUUCGAGCCUCACCCAGAUGACGAGGAGAUGUGCACGCCCAAAUACUUUGUCUUCAACUCACAGACUGCAUAUACUGUACCCAUCCUGGCCUUUGCAUUUGUCUGUCAUCCUGAAGUGCUGCCGAUCUACAGUGAGCUGAAAGACCGCAGCCGGAGAAAAAUGCAGAACGUCUCCAACCUGUCCAUCCUCGCCAUGCUCAUCAUGUACAUGCUGUCGGCUCUGUUUGGCUACCUCACCUUUUAUGGUAAUGUGGAGGAUGAGCUACUGCACACCUUUACCAAAGUCUACAAGUUUGACACCAUGCUGCUGUUGGUGCGCCUGGCCGUCCUCACCGCCGUCACGCUGACAGUCCCCAUCGUGCUUUUCCCUAUCCGCUCCUCCAUCACCACGUUGCUCUUCCGCGGCCGGGAAUUCAGCUGGAUCCGGCACCUCUUGAUCGCCAUGUUCAUCCUCGUCUUCAACAACAUGUUGGUCAUCUUCGUACCCACCAUCAGAGACAUCUUUGGCUUCAUCGGUGCUUCUGCAGCUACUAUGCUCAUCUUCAUCCUUCCUGCCGCCUUCUAUCUCCGCCUGGUUAAAUCAUUACCAUUUACGUCCUGGCAGAAGAUUGGGGCGUUAGUGUUCCUGCUUGUGGGAAUCGUCUUCAUGAUCGGCAGCUUGUCGCUCAUCGUUCUCGACUGGAUCAAUCACCCACCCGGCUCUAAAGUUGGCCAUUAAAGCCGCCUCCUGUCCCAAUUCUGGAUUCCUAUUUAAAAUGGCGGCAGCCCUUCUUUUCCCACCACACCACAAGUCAUCUGUGUUACUUCGCUUGCUUGAAUCAUUUAAAACUGUCCAGUGUAUGAACUGGACAUGCUGUUUCUUGAGAACAUUUUUAUGUCCUGUAUUUUGGAAUGCAACUACUUCAGACUUUGAUGUAAAACACCACAGACAGUCUGGAAUUGUCAUCAUGAUGAAGAUAUCUAUUUCCAGCCUUGAAGACACUGAUCAAAUACAGUAGACAGCAGCUUUCACUUGAAGAUCAGCAUUGUGAUUGGACCGCAGAGCUGGAAAGAUGAUGGCGUUUCCUGCUUUUCUCUAACUUUAAGUAACAUUUAUGGCUUUUGCCGCUACCCAUGGAAAACCAAGCACUUCUUCAAGUAUUUAAUCACUUUAAGUGGAGAUGCAGCAGACACCCCCACGCAUGUAAAAAUAUGCACAGAUAUCGAACCAUUUUUAAGCUACUAUCCACAAAAUCAAAGGAAACGGUUAAGCAUUACAGUGUGUUUUAUUUCUUUAUCAAAUUGGCUUAUCAUCAGAUUAACAAUCGGAUACCUCGCCAAAGUCUGCAUCAUGGAUGAUCAAUUUUUCCAGCUGUGUUAAAGAAGCGAGACGGUGCUUUCAGUAUUACUGUCAUACAGAGCUCUGUACAUGGAGGGGAUGAAUGUACAUAAUUACGUAUCAUUGUACAUAAUAUCUGCGCAGACCUAUUGAGGGCUCUAUUUCUUCAGGUUAUUUGAAUAUUAAUUGUCAUUUCAAGAUAUAUACAUGCUGGAAUAACUGAUCAGGCACUUAAUGUUGGUUAGUCAGCUGGAUGUAGAAUCAUUUGACAUUAAUUUCACUCUAGGUUAUGUAGAUUAGCUAAAGGUAACUAGAGUUUUAACAAAUGAAAGCAGAAAUACUUGAGUUUAAGAUUGUUUUAGCUAAAUAUCUUUAUCAUCUGAUCUCUUCGCUCAUAAAUGCAAAGGCCAUGUUUUAACAUCGUUCUUAGUCUUAAUUCCGACUUUAUCCACAUGAAAGUUUCAUGUAAAGCUAACUUAGCAGCUAGCUGUUAAUGCUAGGGUGCAUACCGAUUGGCUUCCUACGCCCCAUCUGCACUACCCCUCUGAAACCGAUCGGUAUCGAGUUCGGAUUGAGCUUGGAUCAGUUAACCGUGCCGAGAUUUAUUCUUACGAUCAUUUGCACAUCACGCUAGGGCGGUUCCUCGCCUCCUGUUGGCAGUUCAGGAUACUACAACUCUCAAAAAUGGCUGAUUUCGAUGAAAGCCUUGGUCUCUGCAUCAUCCCAGCUCGAUUUGAUACCAUUUAUUGUUAUUAGGCUGAGAAAAGUUUAUUUGUCCUGCACAGGUGAUGAGAUCUGUGAAUUGCAAAGCUGGACAAGCCUGAAAACUCGCGAAAUGACUCAGCUGUAAAUAGGAGACGAUUCGGCCUGCUCCUGCGCUCUUUGUCAUCAGAAAACCGAGCCACAGAUGAACCGCGUCGAGCCCUACUGUUGAACUAGUACUACAUUUAGAGCGGAUUGGUUGUGUUUGACACAGCCCAGUUCAGUUGCGUUCAGUCCCAUUUCAACUCAAUAGUUAUCUCGGUUACCUGCUUGGUCCGCUCUUGGCAUGGUCUAAAAAAGGGUAGCGUAAAUGGGGCUAUGGCUACAAGUCUGUUCUACUAUCUGCUCCACUGAAAAAGCCUGCAGCAUCUAAAUGUAGUCAUCUCUAUAUGCCCACUAUGUUCGUCUUUCAAUCAAGAUCUUUUUUGAAAAGCUAACUUGACACGCGACCAAUGACAACGAUACUCCCAUUCUAAAGGUGGCGCCAAAAAAAAAAAAAUCGUGAAGAAAAUUUCUAUUUAUAGAAAUUAUACUAAAAAAAUAAGAUUUUUUUAUUUCUCAUUUUGAUAAUGUUACCUUUGUGAAACCAGAAAAGGAUAUUUACCAAUGAUAAUACUUAUUAUUUCUCCCUCCUCUAUGUGGAGAACAUAGAAGUCAGCACAUUAUCGUUUCCGAUGAGAUUGUAGUGAACUCAAAAUAGCUGUGAUUCAAAGUGUGGUUCAACAAACCCCACAAUAGUUUAAAUAGCUCUGUCUAAUUAUUGUUGGUGAGGUUUAAGGGGAUCGGGUUUAUGUAUGUAGAGGGGUAGCUUUAACAACUUUAACGCUGCAUUUGGUUCGGAAGUCGAAGCUCAGACGUGGAAAUGAUGUCACUUUAGAUCCAGGUUUUAUGUGUCCAGUGGCCAUAUUAGUUUUGAGUUUGAAGCUGGCAAUAUAUGCUAUUCCAGUUUCAGGAUUAGGUUCAAUUGUUAGUACUUUUGGUUUUCGAAAUUUAGAUUAACUCCACAUUUUUUAUUUAUACUUAGAUUUGAAAUAGUAUCUGUACCUUUUAACUGAAUUCUGUGUUGUUUAAGCCAAUAACUGUAGAUGAAAGAUAGCUUCCCUUUGUGUUCAUGGAGUUUUUAUUAACAUUUAAAAGGGUAUUUUACUGCUUUUACUUUGAAAACCUUUUAAUUUCUUUAAAAUUCACUCCUCAAAUCAGAUUUUAAUAAAAAAAAAUGUAUCAACAUUUUUUAUAGAUGGCUUACACAGGUUUCUAUUAUAUUCAAUUUCUACCAAAAUGGUCUUGUAAGGCAAUAAGUUAAUCGAUGUACAUGCUAAAUCUCACUAUUAUAGCCUGUUCUAUAUGGUUUUAAAGGAGAUUGAUUAUUUUAUUUCUAGUUACUGGUAGUUAAAUUUAUGUUUGAAAAGGAUAAUUUAAAGGUGUUCCCUAAAUCAUUAACCCUAAACGUCACAUUUAUCAAAACCUGGCCUGACACUUUUCCAGUUUCAGCUUUGCUCGCUUACCGAACCAUCUCCAGCUGCUAGCCAUAUAUUUAGCACAUAGAUUAAAGAAAUGUCUGUCUUCCGGCCUUAAUUUGUGCUGAACUGAACAAUAUCUUUUUUAUCCAUUUCAAAAACACAUAAGAGCCAUUUUUUUAAACUGUGAUAGAAAUGAAAUGUCUAAAAGUACUUAGGUCAAUGCUAAACUAAAGUCGACUGCAAUAUUGUAAUUCACUCUAUUUCAUAUAUAAAUGCCUUUUAUAUACACUUCAAAAUGAAUGCCCUGUAAAUCCGGAUUUCAAAUUCAAAUAGUGCCUUUUGCAUACUUUUCAUUUCUCUUUAUUCAGGCCUCCAAAACAGGUGCCUUUAUUAAAGCAUCUCAGAUUUGUCUGAUUCCACGUGCAAUCGUUAUGCCCUUAAGUCACAUGAACACACCCAGCCAAAGUAGACAUUUAUAGAUCCUUUGUGGAUCUUCGUACGUGAAGCAGAUAGAUAUUUCAAAUGAAAUAGUGUAUUAUGUGCAGGUUUUUGGAUUACAAACAUGGUCUUUUUUUGGACAAUUGUAUAUGCUGUGUAAAUAAUCUUUAUUUUAUGGUACACUGACAUUCAUCACCUUUGAGUGGGUUGUGGGGGGAUCGUACUUGAGAAGCCUUUUACAAUCAAGUGUUUUAUUUUUAUUAUACAUGUUAUAUAUAAAUGUGGACGAGUGUUAGACUUUUAUUUCUCUUGCUGUAUGACAGUAGUUUUCUUUUUUUUCUUUGUAGAAUGUUUUCCUUAUAUACAUAUUUUCAUGUUUUAGUGUGACCUAUGGAUCAGAAUGCAUUAUACCAGGAGUCAACUUCUGAACAUUUGUUUCCCUCAUCUCUUUGAAUCAAGGCAUUACAUUUCAGUUAAUCACCAGGUUCAGAAGCAAAACUCUAGGAAAGCUGAAUUUCAGAAGCAAUACCAGAAAUCUUCACCUCAGGAUAUUAAAAUGCCAAUACCAUGACAAUCGUAAAUUUCUAAAGGUUACUGAAGCUUGCAAGUGUAUCAAUGCUGUCGUAGAAAUAUCUUUGGUGAAGUUUAACUUUGUAUAACUUUACUUGAAUCAAAGCAUUUGAUAGCCUGAUAGUGCCAGCAGGCUUUUAUGCUGAAAGGGUGUUUUCUUUAACCUUGUUGAAAUUUUACCAAGAAGUAUACCUGUCCACACUACACAUUGGCCCUCUUGAGUAUCUCAGGUCCUUGGUCUGGAUUCAUUUGUCCCUACAUUUAUGAUUACAGUGCCUAAGAACUUUACCUCAGCCCAUGCUGUAAAAAAAA